AGCCCCAGGUUUCAAGUUAAAAUCACGGACGGAUACUCGAAUAAAUCAUUCGAACAUUACUGCCUCGCGGAUACUGGUUCGGAAGUAUCGUUAAUUUCCAAAGAUCUAAUCGUGAAACAUAAGUUCUCGGUACGCCCAGCGAACGGCGUGAAUCUCGUCGCCGCCAACCUCUCGCCCCUCGAAUGCGAGGGAAAGGCGCGUGUCAUCUUAUCGUGCAAGAACAGAAAGACCGUAGAAACGGAGGCUAUAAUCUGUCAGAAUAUGGGGACAGAAGUAAUCGUCGGAAGGCAGGUGUUGACGUUAAUGGGGAUCAUACCCGAGGGCUUUCCCAACGUAGUAGCUGGC